AUGGGUGAUGUUGAGAAAGGCAAGAGGAUUUUUAUUCAGAAGUGUUCCCAAUGUCACACCAUGGAAAAGGGAGGCAAGCACAAGACUGGGCCUAAUCUCCAUGGUAUCUUUGGGCAGAAGACAGAUCAGGCCUCUGGAUUCACUACAGAUGCCAAUAAGAACAAAGGCAUCAUCUGGGUAGAGGAUACACUGAGGGAGUAUUUGGAGAAUCCCAAGAAGUAUAGCCCUGGAACAAAAAUGAUCUUUGUCAGCAUUAAGAAGGGAGAAAGGGAAGACUUACUAGCUUAUCUCAAAAAAGGCACUAAUGAGUAA